AUGGCUGCUGGAGCCAGCUUAGCCUCGAAGAGAGUCAAGGGGGGGGGGGCCCCCAAGAGCAGCAGGGGGGGCCCCUGGAGGCCCCUGGGGGCUGCAAAGGGUACAGGGGCCUUUCGCAAGCCUGCUGCUGCAGCACAGCAGCAGAAGCAGCAGCAGCAGCAGCAGCAGCAGCACAAGAAGAAGAAGAAGAAGGAGCAACAUGAGAGCAGUGAUAGCAACAACAGCAACAACAGCGACAGCAGCAGCAACAGCAGCAGCGAGGACGAGACAUAUGGCUCAGCAGCUGCAGCAGCAGCAGCAGCAGCAGCAGGAAGAGAUGCAGCAGCAGACAGCAGCAGCAGCUCCUCUGCGGGCGGUGAAGGGGGAGAUGCAUGCAGCAGCAGCAACGACAGCAGCAGCAACAGCAGCAGCGAGGACGAGACAUAUGGCUCAGCAGCAGCAGCAGCAGCAGCAGCAGGAAGAGAUGCAGCAGCAGACAGCAGCAGCAGCUGUGUCUCCUCAGCUGACAGCAGUGAUGAGCUGCGCUGCAGCAGCGACAGUGAAAUAGAGAGCGAGGAGGGUGGGGUGUAUGAUGAGGCUACGGAAGAAGAAGACAAGCAGCAGCAGCAGCAGCAGCAGCAGAAGCAGCAGAAGAAGCAGCAGCAGCAAACACGGAGACUGCUGACGCAGGAACGCUUCCUAGGCAUUUGUAAAGCCGUUGGGUUUGACCCCCUAGACAAGCAGCAGCAGCAGCAGCAGCAGCAGCAGCAGCAGCAGCAGCAGCAGCAGCGGCAGGUGGAGAGCUUUAGAGGGGCUAAGUUGCUGCUGGAGGCGCUGCAUUCUGCUGUGCUGCAGCUGGCACCGAAGGAGCAGCAAGCAGCAGCAGCAGGAGCAGCAGCAGCAGCAGCAGCAGCAAACGCAGGAGAGCGCAGCAAGUUUAAACUAGCGAAGCAGCAGCAGGAUGAUGCAGAGGGUCUGCAGCAGCAGCUGCAGCGGAACAAGGCAGCGUUGCGUCAGCAGCAGCAGCAGCAGCAGCAGCAGCAGCGGCAGCAGCAGCAGCAGCAAAAAGGGGGCCUGUUCCUGCUGCAGGACAGCAGCACAUGCAUCUUCGUAGCUAUCACCGUCGCCCGCCACGCAGACUUGCUGUUUACGGGGCUGUCUUUGCGUGGCUCGAAGCCAGCAGCAGCAGCAGCAGCAGCAGCAGCAGCACCAGCAGCAGCAGCAGCAGCAGCAGCAAGCACAGGCCGCAUGCGGUGGAUGCUAAAGAGCUUCUGGGGGGACAUAACCCAGCUGCUGCUGUUUGCUCGUCAGGCUGCAGCAGCAGAAGCAGAAACAGAAGCAGCAGCAGCAGGAGCAGGAGCAGCAGCAGCAGCAGCAGCAGAAGCAAGCAGCAAGGAUCUGGUGCUGCAGCUGCUGCUAGCCAUCAGCAGCAAACUGCUGCUGCGGUGGGUUCUCCCCCUCGAAGCAGCAGCAAGACGCCUGCUGCAGGCUGUCUGCCGCUGCUGGGCUUUCUCUAAGCAGCAGCAGCAGCAGCUAGCUGCCUUUGCUGUGCUGCGCAGCUUGCUGCUGCUGCAGCAGCAGCAGCAGCAGCAGACGGGGUCAUCAGCAGCAACAAAGGGGGCAUCAAAAUCACCCCAUUCUUCACGAGCAGCAGCGGCAGGAGGAGGAGGAGCAGCAGCAGCAGCAGCAGUUGCUGCUGAAGCAAAGGAGCAGCAGCUGCUGCAGCAGGUGCUGCGGUCGUAUCAACGUGCUGCUGCUCGUUUGGGGCUGCGUAGAACCUGGCGAGCAGCAAACCGCAUGCAGCUGCUGCUGAACGAGAUGAAAGAGCUGCUGUCUUUUGCUGCUGCAGCAACAGCUUAUAGACUUGCUUAUCAAUCUAUAAGAGAAGUAUCCAAACCCUAA